CACCGUUUGCUCACAGGAUAAAGCCGACUGAAUCGCUUCGAGCUCUUGAACCCCUUUUUCCGGAAAUCGUAUGUCAUUUUAGCGCGCGAAAAAGUUUUGUGUCUAAAUCACUCCCUUUGCGAUUCGCGAUAUUUUAUAAAUUUGAGCAGAAUGAUGGGUUUUCAAAUAUUUUGUGUUAUUAUGGGUAUUCUCCGGUGUUUUGGAUAUGAGAUGACAAGAGAUCGUGGUAAAGGUUCCAGUUGUGAUAUAGUAAUAAACAGUGAUACUAGCAAAAAUGGUACAAUAAUGAGUCCAAUGUACCCGUCACCGUACCCAUCGAAAACGACGUGCCGCUAUGAAUUUCAAGGAAGGGGAAAAGAAAGAGUCCAAGUUGCUUUUAACGAUUUCAAUUUGUAUCAUUUACAAGAUAAUGUCAAAGAUUGCGAGCAACAAGACUCUCUUAACGCAUUCGUUCACAUCGACGGACGCAUGGAAAAAAUUGAUUCAUUUUGCGGAUCAUCUUUACCAAAACCUGUAAUGUCAAAUGGCCCUCGAUUAAAAUUGGAAUUUCAGAGUUUGUACGCUUCUCGAUACUCUAGAGGGUUUAACGCUACUUAUAGUUUUACUGAAAAAUUUGGGAUCAAGACAGGUUCUCAGAUCCCCGACUACCCGUGUGCCUUCGUACUAAACAGCAAUGACUCCAAGACUGGCUAUUUUCACAGCCCGAACUUUCCUGGCUUUUAUCCUAGGGACACUGAAUGUCAUUACUUUUUUCAUGGAAAUUCCAAUGAAAAAGUUCAUCUGCAUUUCAAUUACUUCGACGUUGAAGGAGUUUUGCCAUGUGAAGCAAUUUCUGCCAGCGACUACGUGGAAUUCUCAAAUUUCAUGGCCAGGGAUAGGAAGUACCAAAGACAUUGUGGUCAGCUCAAAGAAUUUGAUAUUGAAUCAGAUAGGAAGUUCUUUCGAGUGACCUUUAGAUCGAAUGACAGGUUGGAUGGUACCGGAUUCAACGCCACGUAUCACUUUUUGAAUGAGGUAGAAGUUUUUUCCACGUUGACAACGACAAGUGGAGCUGGAAAACUUCUAGGAAAACUUCUACCAGCAGUCCUCUUGCACAUGAAUCUACUUCUAAAUUUGUCGCAGUAAUUUGCACCCUAGAUUUGCAAAAAUCAUUAUUUAGAAGACUAUUCGGAUGAUCUCUUAUAUUUAUAGUUAGAACACUUUUAUGGACACUACGACUGUUUUUGAUUUUUUUGUUGAAAUGAAGACAGUAUCGGCGAUAGGAUAGAUUAGCAUUUGUUAGAUAAGGAUAUAAAAUAUAAAAACGAUUUUCUAACAAAAUUAAUGAUUAGGGUUUUUUUUAAUAAUACAUCAUUAAAUGUUAUUACUUCUUACGAUUAUUAUUAUCGUUACUGCUAAAUGUAAAUAAAUUUUAAACCAAACACAGUGUACACAUAUCUUCGUCUUAUAAUUAGGAUCAGCGGUCAAUGUUUUGGUAAUAUACAUUAUAUUUGUUAAUAGUUUUGAAAUAAUUGUUGAUCUUUAAUAAAAAAUUAAUUAUGUAUAUGAUUUAAUAGUUAUUUACCUAACAAGUGCGGAAAGUUAUACUUUUCCGCAAGCAACGGCGUUUGCACGAACGACGUGCAAGCCGUAAGUGCGGAAAAGAUACUUUACGCUCGUGUUAGGUACAACAUUUUUCCUACGAGCGUGCGGAAAUUGACACAUUGUUUUUUUGUUUGUUUUUGGCUCUACUGAGAAAAGAAAUGGUCAAAAAUGUUUUUCAAUUAAGUUUAUUAACGCAAUAAUUUUAACAACAGAACAUUAACAAUUAUUUUUAUUUAUUAUAUUUUUAUAUCGAAUUAACGAUUUAUGUUAUACAACUCAUUAAAUAGGUCGAUAUUGGUCAGUACAAAAACCGAAUAGCUUUCUUGAAGAGGAAAAACGGUCGAGAAAUUUCAAAAAGAUCUAAAUUCUUUGAGAAGCAUGAUAUAAAGAGAAAAAUUGAAAAAAAAAAAUAAUAAAAAAUCAGUGCGUGAAAAACUUUUCUCGGGCACAGCGUGCGUGAAAAACGUUUUUCGCGCACGCCGUGCAAUGAAUUUUUUUUCACGCACGCAGUGCGGAAAAGUGUUACUUUCCGCACGCAAAUCAGUGCGUGAAAACUCGUUUUCCGCACGCUCGUAGGAAAAGAUAAUUUAUUUGAUUCUAAAAAUUAGUAUUAUAUUGAACAAUUUUAAUUUGGUCAAAAAUAAACUGUAUAAGUGCAAGAUGAGUUAAUAGUAUAUUAAGCACCAAGUUUAGUAAAGUAAGGUUUUACCAAUUGAGUGUGGCCAGUUUUGUGUACGAGGAAGGGAUGCGAGCGAGUGCUCUAAAGCCCUGGUAAAACCCUUUGCUAACGCGUCGUUGCUUACACUAUUUUAUCGCAUUUUGUCUACAAAUCGUUAAAAAAAAAUCACUUUUGACAUGACUUAAAAUAAUUUUUGAAAUGACAUUCACAACAGACGGUGGCCAACUUAAGGUUAGUCUUUUUUGUCGGUUACCUAGAAAUCUCUAAAAAUUAUAAGGGAAACGAUCAAAAAGAACUGGUAAUGGUUGCUAUGUGGUAAAGUGUUACUAUCUUGGUAAAAUGGCACUUUACCAAUCAAUUUUGAAUGCAGUUAUAUAUCACAUUACUAUAAAAAAUGCGAUACAGUUAUUAACGUUAUAUAGGUUUAUAAAGAGCAAAUAGCGGCCGGGCUGGAGUUCGUGUCAUAAUCAGGCAAGGCUGUUAUUUGCAGUUAUCGGCCGUGUUCCGUUCUAGAUUUUUCGCCAUACUGCAGACCUUGCAAUCUGAUAUAAAAACAAAAACCUUCCGGCCGGCGGUCGUUAAAAUAUACCUUUCGAUUUCAAUUUAGCUCAUGUUAUAGUAAGAUAAAAGUGCAGUAUGAAGAAAACGGAAUAACAUGUCUGAAUUUGUCUCACCUUGAGUUGGGUAAUGUCAGUUAUUCAUCUGUUCAAUAAUUAUUAGAGAGUUUCUUCAUUAUGAACAUGAAGUAAAAAUAAAAUUAUGUAGACUGUGAAAGAAGGACCCUUUGUAAAUUAAUAAUAUAUUGC